CGGAUAGUUCCGCUUUGUUGGUGUCACGGUCUACAGGUGACCGAUCUAUUAUUUUUCUUCACGUCUUUUAUAUUUCUUCUCUCACUUUUCUGCUUUUUUCUGUGCUUUUUAUCGAUCCGUACUUACACACUUCUCUCACGGAAAAAUACAAUGGCAUCGCAAGAGGAAAUCACUCCCCUUGUUGGACAGCAUCAGCAGUAUGCCAGCCAAAACCGCCAUUGGGGCAAGGUGAAGAAAAAGACAAUGUUGAUGCGUUCGAUGUUGGCACUGUCGUUACUAUUUGCUUUAGCCGGCGGCGUAUGGGCUUUACAACACUUGUUCCAUCAAAGUCCCAUCACCAAGAAACCCUUGCCGGACUUUUCUUCAUUACGCGGCUAUUGUGCGCACACACAAGCGAUCCAACCCAAUGAAUAUAUCAAGCGUCAAAAGAAACUCGCCGCAACAUUACCUGAAUCAUCGGCCUACGUGAUGGAAGGGGGACCGACCAUGCUGUACUACACAAACAUUGCAUGGGGACUCAGCGAACGGCCAUUCUUGGUCGUGCUUGUUGCAGAUGCUUCACAACCGGGAGGCAUCAAAACAACCGUGGUAACACCCAUGUUUGAAGCAACGCGCGCUGUUGAAGCUGUCAAGGACGCCAACUUGCCUGAUGAAAUCCAGCCCGAUAUCGUUGAAUGGAUCGAACAUGGAUCGCCUUACACAGUGACGGCCGAUCAAGUGCUUGCCAAUAUCUCAACAGUCUUUGUGGAGCCGACAACUCGCUUAUUCAUCUUUGAUGGACUUUCUCAGGUAUUGGAGAACGGCGUGAACGGACAAGGAAAAGGGGUUCAGGUCGCGUCCCGGGCAUUGCAAACCUUAAGAAUGGUCAAGUCACCUGCUGAACUUAAUAUUCUGCGCUGCGUCAAUCAUGCCACGGAGGAAGCCAUCAGACAGGUCCGCCCUCAUGUCAAUGUGGGCAUGACCGAAAGUGAUAUUGCCACCUUGAUGACACGUGCACUUACGACAGCUGGAUUGACCAAUACGUGGGUGCUUGCUCUGGUCGACGAAAAUGCUGCUUUCCCUCACGGCGAACCGGGCACUACGAAAAAAGUUGGCAAGGAUUCAACGGUGCUUAUCGAUACCGGAGGCGAGUUGUUGGGUUAUCAGUCGGAUACGACCCGCACGUUCUUCCUAGGUAAUCGAGAGGAUCACAACCAGACGAUUGUGGAUGCUUGGUACCUUGUGAAACGUGCCCAAAAAAACGUCCUCGAUCUCGGUCAUGCUGGAUCUUCUUGUGCUGAAAUCGAUUUGAGUGCUCGACGUAUCAUUACUACCGCUGGCUACGGUCGUUAUUUCACUCAUCGUCUUGGACACGGCUUGGGAAUGGAAAUGCAUGAGGAACCCUAUAUGAACCAAGGCAACACGGAUCAGGCUCUGGAAGUGGGAAUGACGUUUAGCGUGGAACCGGGUAUCUACGUGCCCCGUGAAUUCGGUAUCCGGUUGGAGGAUAUUGUGGUCGUGAACGAAGAGGGUCAAUUAGAAGUAUUGACAUCUGGCCUCGCCGAUAAUCCAUGGACACUCAGAGAUGAAUAAAUGUCGCUUCUUAUACCUUCUUACUGUAAAUUGGUAAUGGCAGCUUAUUAUUGUACAGUGUUGUUUAUGAGGAGCAAUUUGAUCCAAUAGAGAGGCUGUCAUUGCUUCUUUGACAGAAACUCUUGGUCUCAUUGAUACAUGACUGUCCUGCAUUGUUUGUGUUUUAACA